AUCUGCUGUUGGUUUCUGACUGUUAAAGCAGGUGCUCUGGGGAGGAGGGGUCAUGGGAUCCUGCAGUAGCUCUUGGACUCUUAUUUCUCAGAAACCCAACACAGAAGUAAUGCACAGUAAUAUGAUAUCUUUGCAAGAAAAAAUAUGGUAGGUUGUUCAUUGUAAUGUGCGACUCACUGCCUGAGACAGCCAUCAGUAACUUCCAGCGCUUACAGGCUGCGUAAUAGAGCUACAGCUCUGCUCCCCCACCCCCAAAUCAGGGAGUUUGGAAUAAAUAUUUCUCAGUAAAAAUUAGUGACAAACAAAAUAAAACUAUCAUUUUCUUGGGCACAAAAGCAUUUGUGCCUAAGAACAUCCAUGCUUCUUAAUUCCUUUUUAUUGAUAAAUCACGACUGUGAACUUCAUCUUGUGUGCAAAAGUUCCCACCAGACUGAAUGGAAGCAAAUGAGAGUAAGAAGAAGGAUUGUAUACAACUACGGAAGAAGAGAGGGCUUGGGACAUUUUUUCUUUUAGUUUGUCCUUCCCUCUGCUUUUCUUUAUUUCCCUCUCUCACCCCCUCAGGUUCCCAUCUCAUACACUUCAUCUCUGUAAAUGUUCCAUGUGUCUGGGCAUUUAAAGGGAAAAACAAGUCCCCCCCCCCCCCUUAAAAAAUCAUACAGAUUGCAUGUUAAAAAGUGAAAGGAACAAAUAAAUGGCCCUGAAAUUUUAUCCCAACAUCUGUUUUUAGUAUUGCUGCAUUUUUCACAUCUCCUGUUAUUUCCUUCAGUUUGUAGCCACUUACAGCCCAGGACUCACAUAGCAAGGAAGGCAGACUACAGCUGAGAGUAAAUCUCAGCCAGAGGGAGCAGAGCCUGCUUGCUUUUGCUGCUGUUCAGUCUGGGUUGGGGGAAGAUACUCUCGUCCUAGUCCAUAUGGAGUUCUAAGAGGUCAGAAGGCCUGAGGCUCAAUGCUGCAUUGUUUCUAAGUGUGGUGACUUUAAUACUUAGCUCUUCCACCUUUGAGGAACUGAACCUAGACAUUGGUGGGGAAUUUGCGUGGUUGGAAUAUAUUCAGUGCUUUUUAGAUGAAAUAUGCCACUAAACAGUGAGGAAAAUGAGACUACACUCAAAUUUGAAAAUGUAUUCAGCUUUGAACUGUAGUCAGCUUAGAACCAUACUCUUUGAAGUAGUUAGGAAUUGUCAUUUAUUUUGAAAAUGUACUACGUAUAUGUUUCUUCAAAGAAAUACAUAGAAGGGAUAACUUUUUAAUUGCUCUCUCAACUUGGUAUAAAUGUGUGUGGAUUUGAGUGUGUGUGUGUGUGUGUGUGUGUGUGUAUGUGUGCGUUUGUAGAGUGUUGGUGUAAACACAAGAUGUAAUGGAGGUUUUUUUAUUCAUUGUUUGGCAUCAUUUCAUUUUUAUGUUAAUAUUUAAAUAUUUGGAUCUGAUAAGUAUUUAUUUCAAGAGGUAUCUUUACAAAAUUAUCAUCUUAAUUUAUUCAUUUGUUUGGUUGCAUUUGUUUUUGAGUCCCAUUCACAUAAUCCAGGAGCAUACCUGUGUGGUAAAGCAUUGCCCAGCUCUCAGCCUGGGCUUCCAGUCUCAGCACUACAGAGCAAGUAAUGAGGAAACAGUUGAAUGUGAGGAAAUUAAAGAAGACACUGGACAUGAUGGUAACAACAGCGGAACCUACAUAGCUGGUUUUAGAAGAAGUUUCCGUCUUAGCAGAAAAAAUAAGAAAAUAAAUAAGUCCAUGUAUGAAUGCAAAAAGAGUGAGCAGUAUGACACGGCAGAUGUGCCCACAUAUGAGGAGGUGACACCCUACCGGCGGCAGAUCCAUGACAAAUACAGACUCAUUGUCCUGGUUGGUCCUGUCGGAGUCGGGCUAAAUGAGCUGAAGCGAAAGCUAUUGAUGAGUGAUGCACAGCACUAUGGUGUGAUAGUGCCCCACACCACUAGAGCAAGAAGAAGCCAAGAGAGUGAUGGUGUGGAAUAUAUUUUUAUUUCCAAACAUUUGUUUGAGACAGAUGUACAAAAUAACAAGUUCAUUGAGUAUGGUGAAUAUAAAAACAACUAUUAUGGUACAAGUAUAGACUCGGUUCGCUCUGUCCUAGCUAAGAACAAGGUUUGUCUGUUGGAUGUCCAGCCUCAUACAGUGAAGCAUUUAAGGACACUGGAGUUCAAACCCUAUGUGAUAUUUAUAAAACCUCCAUCCAUAGAGCGUUUGAGAGAGACAAGAAAAAAUGCAAAGAUUAUUUCAAGCAGAGAUGACCAAGGGACUGCAAAGCCCUUCACGGAAGAAGACUUUCAGGAAAUGAUUAAAUCAGCACAGAUAAUGGAAAGUCAAUAUGGCCAUCUUUUUGACAAAAUCAUAAUCAAUGAUGAUCUUACUGUGGCAUUUAAUGAGCUAAAAACAACAUUUGACAAACUAGAGACUGAUACCCAUUGGGUCCCAGUGAGUUGGUUACAUUCAUAACUCAGAGAAAUGUCCUUAAUUGUCUUUUUACAGAGUUGCAUGGUUAGAUCAACUACCAUGGUUUUGGUAGGAUUUUUUUUUUAAUAAUUAGUAUCACUGUCACAGAUGUAAAGUCUUCAAUGUCAAAGUCAAAAUUUCAGUGCUGGUUUGUUUAUGUCUUUCACAGCCUUAUUUGAAGCACAUAAGUGUACAAUCUAAGUCAAAAUCUGCACAAUGCUAUAGUCUUAGCAAAACUUGUAUUUACUGGUUUUCUUUAAUCUGUUUCUUUGUGAGAGGCAGUAGGUAUCAAAGUUCAUGCCUCACUUGGGCUCAGGUGUGCUCACAGCCCUUCACUGGGCAUGCUUACAGUUGAAAGCAUGGGCUUGGCAGCCUUGAGCAAAUCCACAGAUUUAACUGAGCUGGAAAUAAGACUCUCCUUUAAAAAAUAUGUUCUUCAUGUGCACAUCUUUAAAACAAAGAAGAAACUCAAAUCUUUUCUUGAGGAAGUAACUCACAUAUUAUAGCUUAGGAAAUCCUUAUGAGUACAUAUUAGUGAUGCCACCAAUAUUAUAUAAGAAAAAUCUAAUUCUCCUGUUUAAGAUGAGAGUCUCACUAUGUUGUCAACACUAGCCUUGAACUCAGCCUUUGUUUGCCUCAGCCUCCUGAGUACGGGAACAUGCCGCUGCAUCAGGCUUAAAAACGACUUAACUGAUACUACAGAUGUAGAUACAAACUUUUCCUCAUGGUUUAGUAAAAAUGGCUCUGUCUUAGGGCAAGAAAUGAUUACACAGCACCACUUGCUUUAAUCUAUCAUUCUUCAGAAGACAUUUCUGGAGUCAGAAAGUUUUCUUCUCUUGCUUUGGAAUUUCUCAACAAAUUAUAACAAUGAGAUAAGUAUUCAAAAACAUGUAACACGUGUUAGAGCACAGUGAAGGAAGAGGUGCUCAUGUUUCUGGUGUGCAAUCACCACACAUGUAAAUUGUCCUAAAGUGUGUUUUAGAAACCUUAUAUUGUGUUAAAUUUUUGUCAACAAAAUGAUUAACACCAGCCAGAUUGCAUUUCAACCUAUUCCAAAGGAAGGUGGGUUUUUAAAUGUUUCAAUGACAUUGUUCCUUUUUCUAUAAUGCCUUAGGUCUCUAGCAAGUGAAUGAUUUGCAAUACUACAAAUAUCCAUAGUUCAAUCUUAGAGCAGGUUCCUGCCAGUACUCUGAGCAGUACAGAUUAGUCAAUGGAAGAUUCAUCACAUCUAUGACUUGCAUACAAAAAAUUAUUCUUGUUGCUUUGUAAAGAGUUUAAAUAUUAUGUUUAAAGAAAAAAUAAAAUGUAGGGAAAUUUUAUAUAUUUGUGAGAUAUUUGAAAGGCAUGUUUUUAAAUUAUCAAAUGAGGCUAUUCAUAAGAUAAAUUGUAUGUAAAGAUAUAAUUUAAAAUAGUUUUAUGGGCCGGGCGUGGUGGCACACGCCUUUAAUCCCAGCACUUGGGAGGCAGAGACAGGUGGAUUUCUGAGUUCGAGGCCAGCCUGGUCUACAGAAUGAGUUCCAGGACAGCCAGAGCUACACAGAGAAACCCUGUCUCGAAAAAAACAAAAACAAAAACAAAUAAACAAAUAUAUAUAUAUAUAUAUAUAUAGUUUUAUAAGCAAGAUCAACAUUCCAUGUAAAUAUUGGACCUUUUGGCAGAUAGGUCCACACACAUAUUACAUGUUCACUGCUGUUUGGUGGUGUCCGUGGCUAGCUUUCCUUAAGACAAUGUCAAAUUUCUGUGUGAAGCAGAAACAAAAACUUUUCUAGUGACCUCAUUACAUGUUCAAGCCCAACAGUCAGAUGAUUGGACUAAUGAACACAGUUCAUGGAAGUUCUGUGCUUAUUAAUUAAAGCCAUGCAGCUCAAACACAGAGAGAAAGGCUACUGAAUUUCUACUCUGAUAUCACUGCUUUGUGUGGACUGUCUAGAAGCACAAGUCUUAAAAAGUUGGUUUGGAUGGAAUGUCCUGUCCCUUGCUCGAUGUGUACACUUCUCUAAAGGAACUUUCUAGACCAAGAAUGGUGAGAAGUGUGUCCAGCAUAGGACAUUCUGAAAUAGUUUAGGUAUCCCAUGUUCAUACCUCAGGUAUCUUUGCUGAUUGUUUUUCUUCAUCUGGUGACUGCUCUCUUCAGUUUUUAUUUUGGGUUAGUGCUUGGGAAAUUUGGGGUAGGUAGUGAAGGUGAUGGAAUGUCAUGAAAAUAUAAAUGUCUGCACCUGUUAGACCACAGCUGAGCAUCUUUCUUUAAAAAAUAAAUAAACAGAAAUAAAGCAGUUUAAGAAAUCAGGUGGCAUGUAGCCUUACCUGUUCUAUUUCUUGAUGCUUAUAAAGAGAUUUAAUUUAAACAUAAAAGCCAGGCCAAGAUACCAACAGCAUUUGGCCUUGCUGUGCUCUCUGACCUCAGCACUCCCACCACCAAGGAGAAAAAUACUUUGCUCCUAGCUUUCAGCAGCUUGUUUCUGGGGUGCAGUGCCAGCCACUAUUAGAAAAGCAGGGUUUCAUUGUUUAUCCAUUUAAAGUUGAACCUGGUAUGAGGUGCUUUUUUUCUCCUCUAUCUCCCAGGUAGAAUGGCCUAAAAGUAAAGAGAUAAACUUGAAACAAUAACCAUGGCUUUACUGAGUAAUGUGGAAACUUGGCAUCUAUAAGGCUGACAUUCCUGGUACUAUAUAAUCAUCAAGUGUACCUAAACUGUAGUAAUUUAAAGUGAGCAAACAUGUAAACUCAGAUUUACAAAACUAUGGAAUCAAAAAUGUCCCUGAAGAUUCAGAUUUUCAUUUAUUUCCCUGUGGCCUAUGAUGGAUUUAUAGAUAAAUGUAAUGGAAAGUUUUUUAUUUUAAUAAAGUAUCUUCAAACAAUA